GGCCUAGGGGAUGGGACUAGGAGCCUGUCGACGCUCUGCUACUUCUGCCUGUAGGCGACCGGCUUCCGCCGCCCGACCGCAGGUAGUGGUGUCGAGCACCGAGCCCAGAGAACGGUGCUGGGUGAGGGGCUGCUGGUGGCGACGCAGUUCGUGUAGGCCAUAUGAGCUUGGCUGGGGGUCGGGCCCCCCGGAAGACCGCGGGGAACCGGCUUUCUGGGCUCCUGGAGGCAGAGGAGGAAGAUGAGUUCUACCAGACGACUUAUGGGGGUUUCACAGAGGAAUCAGGAGAUGAUGAGUAUCAAGGGGACCAGUCAGACACAGAGGAUGAGGUGGACUCUGACUUUGACAUCGACGAAGGGGAUGAACCAUCCAGUGAUGGAGAAGCAGAAGAGCCGAGAAGGAAGCGCCGAGUAGUCACCAAAGCAUAUAAGGAGCCCCUGAAGAGCUUGAGGCCUCGAAAGGUCAGCACCCCAGCUGGUAGCUCUCAGAAGACCCGAGAAGAGAAGGCAUUGCUUCCACUAGAACUACAGGAUGAUGGCUCUGACAGUCGGAAGUCCAUGCGGCAAUCUACAGCUGAGCACACACGACAAACAUUCCUUCGGGUACAAGAGAGGCAAGGCCAGUCACGGCGGCGAAAGGGGCCCCACUGUGAGCGGCCACUGACCCAGGAGGAGCUGCUCAGGGAGGCCAAGAUCACAGAGGAGCUCAACUUACGUUCACUGGAGACAUAUGAGCGGCUUGAGGCUGACAAAAAGAAGCAGGUCCACAAGAAGCGGAAGUGCCCUGGGCCCAUAAUCACCUACCAUUCAGUGACAGUGCCACUAGUUGGGGAGCCAGGCCCUAAAGAAGAGAAUGUCGACGUAGAAGGACUUGAUCCUGCUCCCACAGCUUCUGCAUUGACACCCCGUGCUGGGACUGGACCCGUCAUCCCUCCUGCUCGCUGCUCACGUACCUUCAUCACUUUUAGUGAUGAUGCGACGUUUGAGGAAUGGUUUCCCCAAGGGCGGCCUCCAAAGGUCCCUGUUCGGGAGGUCUGCCCAGUGACCCAUCGCCCAGCCCUGUACCGGGACCCUGUUACAGACAUACCGUACGCCACUGCUCGAGCCUUCAAGAUCAUCCGUGAGGCCUACAAGAAGUACAUCACUGCCCACGGACUGCCGCCCACUGCUUCAGCCCUGGGCCCUGGCCCACCACCUCCUGAGCCCCUCCCUGGCUCUGGGCCCCGAGCUUUGCGCCAGAAAAUUGUCAUCAAAUGAAGGGAUGUCUAGUCCUUAGAAACCUCUUUCCUGUCCUAACUUGGGGCUCUUAAGUUAGGGCUCUUAAGAAGCCUGCUUCUCCCCUUUGUCAUGCUGGUCUUUGUCCAGCCCUUCUCUGUAUUUCUUUCCCUAUCUUUUCCCCUAGUUCCUACUGCUUUUGUUUGUGUUUUUUAAUCUAAUAAAAUAGAAAGAUCCCUUU